GCGGAGGCUGCUUGGUCCCUGCGCCCUGCGAGCCGGCCGGAGGGCGCGAUCCGGGCGCAGCUCCCCGACGCUGCCCUGCACCCCGGAUCCCAGUCCGCGGCGCGGGGCUCGGCGAGCGGAAUCCCGGAGACUGCUACCACUCCGGUGCAAGAUGAGGGCAGCAUGAACGACCCCUGAGUGUGCUCUGGGGCGUAGUUAUCGGUCAUUUUUGAUUAGGAAAAAGAAGACGGCCUCCUCUUGAAAGGCAAAGCUCCCGUGACUGCAGGAGUUGUGGAUUCUCUGAAUUUCAAGAACAGUGAAGUGGGAGCAUAGCAGAUGGUGUACGAAAGCCAGCAUGUAAAUUGGAAAGAAGGCUAAUGGAGAAAAAUAACACAAAUCAGGUACACCAUUGAGUUCUUUGGGAGGCACAGAAGUGUCUGGUUGGGAAGCUUAUGAAAUAGAAGACAAAACCCUGCCUCAGGAAGCGUACAUGAGAACAAUUUUAAAGGAAACUACUGAUAAAUGCAGAACAGUAGCUGUUGGAGGUGAUGGAAAUGUACUGGAACAAUGGGAGAAACUGGUAAUUCAUAGGAAACCAAGAUGACAAGAAUUUUUUUUUAAAUAAUCAGAGGAAGAACCUUGUUGAAAAAUGAGGUGAAUGAGUGCUCCGGUACUCAAGAACCCUGGACAGCUACAUGAGGUGUUUAAAAACUGCCCUGACCAUCUUGAUACCCCAGUCCCUGUCAUGAGGCCUGACAGGAUGAGCACGCCUCCGAUGGCCAGCAUCCUGCUUUGUAAAAACUCAGACUGCUGACCUGCCGAGAGCAAGCAGGGGCCUGCCUGUCGUCUGCCAGUACAAUGAAGGAAGUGGUUUAUUGGUCACCCAAAAAGGUGACAGACUGGCUGCUGGAGAAUGCUAUGCCAGAAUACUGUGAGCCUCUGGAACAUUUCACGGGCCGGGACUUGAUCAACCUAACCCAAGAGGAUUUCACAAAACCCCCCUUGUGCCGAGUCUCCUCCGACAACGGGCAGCGGCUCUUGGACAUGAUAGAGACCUUGAAAAUGGAGCACCACAUGGAAGUACACAAGAACGGCCAUGCCAAUGGGCACCUCAGCAUUGGCACAGACGUCCCCACCCCUGACGGCAGAUUCAGCAUCAAGGUCAAACCCAACGGGAUGCCAAAUGGGUAUAGGAAGGAGAUGAUCAAGAUCCCCAUGCCAGAACUGGAGCGCUCCCAGUACCCCAUGGAGUGGGGCAAGACUCUUCUGGCCUUUCUUUAUGCACUUUGCUGUUUUGUUCUCACCACAGUGAUGAUCUCGGUCGUCCAUGAACGAGUACCUCCUAAGGAGGUGCAGCCUCCACUACCGGACACGUUUUUUGACCAUUUUAACCGGGUGCAGUGGGCCUUUUCUAUUUGUGAAAUUAACGGCAUGAUCCUUGUAGGACUCUGGUUAGUUCAGUGGCUGCUCUUAAAAUACAAGUCUAUUAUUAGCAGAAGAUUUUUCUGCAUAGUUGGCACGCUGUACCUGUAUCGGUGUAUUACAAUGUAUGUAACUACACUCCCAGUACCCGGUAUGCAUUUCAACUGCUCUCCGAAGCUUUUCGGAGACUGGGAAGCCCAACUGCGGAGAAUAAUGAAGCUCAUUGCUGGCGGUGGCCUGUCCAUAACUGGCUCUCACAACAUGUGUGGGGACUAUCUGUACAGCGGCCACACGGUCAUGCUCACACUCACCUACUUAUUUAUCAAAGAGUAUUCCCCUCGACGACUCUGGUGGUAUCACUGGAUUUGCUGGCUUCUCAGCGUAGUUGGAAUCUUCUGUAUUCUCUUAGCGCAUGACCACUACACUGUGGACGUGGUGGUGGCAUAUUACAUCACUACAAGACUCUUCUGGUGGUACCACACUAUGGCCAAUCAGCAAGUGCUCAAAGAAGCUUCCCAGAUGAACCUCUUGGCCCGGGUGUGGUGGUACAGGCCAUUUCAGUACUUUGAAAAGAAUGUCCAAGGAAUUGUACCUCGAUCUUACCAUUGGCCCUUCCCCUGGCCAGUAGUCCACCUCAGUAGACCAGUUAGAUACAGCCGGUUGGUGACUGACACAUAACAGCUGUGCAAAGAGGGGGAACGAGGACCUGUCCAAAGUGCUAAGAACUCCACGAGAGAAGAUGCCAUAAAAUAAACACCUCCCUAAUCCUACUAUCUUUCAACGGUUACCUUGACUUAACCUAUUGAGUUACCUGGUCAGCACUGUGAUCUUUUUCUCUCCAAAGGACCUGCGUUGGACAACAAUAAAGAAAAUCUAACCUAUCAUGCACUGUACACAUUUCCUGUUCAUAAGUCUGGGACUUAAAUAACCCACAGCCACCAUGUUCCUUUGUAUAUGAUGCAACAGCAUAAAUGUAAGCUUUUAUAUCCCUAAGUUCUGUUCUUUCCAGUCACAUCUGGAAAUAAAGUGUAUUAUUUUUCUUGGGAAAACAUACUUUUCAUAUCUCUUGCCCCAAAGAUUGGGCUGUAAGCCAUUUUCUAGCCAAUGUCUCUAUGAAGGUUUCUAAGGACCUGACUGGGGUCUGAUUCUGAAAUCUUUCUACCUGUUGCACCGAUAGUCAAAUAAAAAUGACAGACAGAAAGGUUUAGUAACUUUGGGUUUUGUAAAAUCAGCAGAGACAGUGUGUCAAAAAGUGCAAAAAAAAAAUAAAUAAAAAUAAAUAAAAAGGUUCUGUUAUAAAGUGAUUUUCUAACUAUUUCCUAACUUUAUUUUUCAAAUGAUGUUAUGAAAACCAAAUUUCAAGAUUUUUACAUGUCAAAGAGAAGAGAGAGUUAAAAUUUAAAAAUGCUUCUUGGGAGAGAAAUUUGUCUAUGUUUCUAGUGCCUUUCUUGUCUUGAUUGUAUGGUCAGUAGGCAAUCUUUAAAAAAAUGUUUUUAUUUAAAAUAAAGUAUUCCAUGAAAAUAUAAAUGUAUGUAUACACUACUAAAUUUUGCAUUUGUAGCUAAAUUAAAUCAGAAGACUGCUUAUGGCUUUUCAGUUGUUCUGAAUUACAGACUGGGGGUGGGGAGACGUGGUGGUAAUCUGAAAGUCAGCACCGGCUCCCAUAUUGUGAGCUGGUGGCCACGACUUGGCCCACUUACAUUAUUUUACCUAUUUGGUGUUCAAUUUUAACUCUACAGUGAAAAUAGCCAUGAAUACUUCUUUUUUUUUAAAGUGAGUUUUGAAAAUGAUCGCUUAACUAAAACUUGAAAGCUAUGAAUUCGUUAUCCAUACUCUCAUGACAAUUUUGUUGGUGAACAACAAAAAAGAGAUCUAUUUCUUUAAAAUAUAUUUGUGCAGAAACUGCAUGUAACUCUAAGUUUUGUUCCUAACAAAAGGAUGGUUGGGGAAGUAUUCUAUUAUAUACUUGCCAAUGUGGAGAACAAAAUAGUUUUUUAAGAAUGAAGAAGUAUAUAUAUCCAUUCUGUAUUUUACGUGCAGCAGAAUUAUCUUCUGUAGGGUUUUUUUCUUUUUAUGUGCGUGUGUAUUCACAAGGUGAUAUUUGUAUUGUAAAACAAUAAUGGUGAAGGAAAUAAAAUGGCUUUUAAAAUUUG